CAAAGCAAUUAUCUAUUUACACAACCAAAAAAAAAGUAAGAGUUUCCGCGAUUAAGAAAAAAAAAACACAGAGAAAAGAUGAGUUCAAGGAGCAAAGCAUGGUUAGUGGCAGCAACUAUUGGAGCUGUGGAGGCCUCCAAAGACCAAUUAGGUUUAUGCAGGUGGAAUUACAUGAUCCGAUCGGUGAAUCAACGUAUCCGAAACAAUGUGAGAUCCGCUACUCAGGCGAACAGGUUCUCUUCUUCGUCCACCACCGUCGUUGCUUCCGGUAAAGAUGGUGACAAGGCCAAGAAAUCUGAGGAGUCUCUCAGGACAGUCAUGUACUUGAGCUGUUGGGGUCCUAAUUGAUGAAGACAGAUCUAAGAUUUUUAUUAUAUUUGCCAUCGAUUGGGUCCGACAGGUUGUGUCUAUG